AUAUCCAAGGCUAAUCUAUCACAUGACGAAGAGAGCAUACCAAAUAUCUACUCCUCGCCUUCGUACCCUGCUCUACUCAGCACCUGUCAAGUAAAACCGGAUGUGAUGGACCGAUGGGAGAUCAGCCCGGCACGCAUCAAAGUGGGAGAUGUCCUAGGGGAGGGGGCCUUUGGUCAGGUCCUGAAGGGGCUGGUGGUAGGGCGUAUCUGGAGUCACCAGUCCUCCUGUCUGCUAUCGUACCCAGAGAGGCAACGCAUGGAGAACACACUGUGGUAGCUGUGAAGAUGUUGCAUAAGUUUGCGGAGGACACCCAAAAGCAGGAGUUCUUACGUGAGAUUGAGCUGAUGAAGGAGCUUGGUUACCAUCCUAACGUAGUGAGUCUCCUUGGAUGCUGUACCAUCCAGGAUCCUAUAUGUCUCCUGGUGGAGCACUGCUAUUAUGGAGACUUGCUCCACUUCCUCAGGAAUAGACGUCCACAGAUGUUUGACCAAUUCAAGACAGGUAGAGCUCCACGUACACCAAGCAAGGAUGCACUCAGGCCUCUGGACUUACUUUCAUUUGCCAGACAGAUUGCUAUGGGAAUGGAAUAUAUAUCUCAGAAAGGUUUUGUUCAUCGCGACCUGGCUGCUAGGAAUGUGAUGGUAGCAGACGAUAAGAAUGUAAAGAUUGGUGAUUUUGGUCUUACACGGUACGUCUACGAUGACAAGGUUUAUGUGAAUCGACGAGGAGGGAAGCUGCCAGUGAAAUGGAUGUCCCUUGAAGCUAUCUAUGAUCAGAUCUUCACAACCAAGGGCGAUGUAUGGUCAUACGGAGUUGUGCUAUUUGAAAUUGUGACUCUCGGUGCAGCACCAUACCCAGGCAUCUCAAAUAAAGACAUGCCCAAACUUCUAAAAGGAGGCUACCGCAUGGAGAAACCUGACAACUGCUCUCCUCAAAUAUUCAGUCUAAUGGAGUCCACUUGGUGUGAUGAUCCUGAGCUUAGGCCAGGUUUCACUGAGAUACGCAACAAGCUCGAGGAAAUGAUGGAAGAAAAUGUCUGUUAUAUGGAGUUUGAUGCAGAGAAACAGCAGUGCUACUGCUAUGAAGACUCCAGCUCCGAUGACGACAGCGAGGAUCUUAACGUGGAAGAGAGUCCAAUGUUGGAGCCAACCAAUCAGGAUACUGCACAGAACAGCCUCUUGGCCACGCCCAUGCUCAAGAUCCCGACUGGGGCGGUCCUGCAGAGCCGGAGCACCCAGAAUCUGAGUGCGGUUAGUCCAUGCAAACGUAUGACGCCUGUGAGUUUGAGUCUCAACAGUUUGAAUCACCAGAAACAAAUACCACCAUCUUGGAUCCCUAGGGACUUGGUCCCGUUUGGACGCAACUUCGACAAUAGGGCUUAUUAUGCCGGACAACCUAGGGCUGAUGAUGGUAUUACCCACAGUGCAUUACAAAUACAGGAAGCGCAACAAGACAUGAAUCUUUAUUCAGGUAUCGCUGGGUCAUUAGAAAACAUGCACAAUAAUCAAGAGAAUCCCGUACUGGCAGAGCUUAAUCUGGAAUGCCCACAUCCUGAUAGCUUGCGACUAUACAACAAUGAAUCGGAAAAAGACAAGAGCAGCGAGAGCGUGGAAAGCAGUAUCGAUUCAUGCCUGUGUGAGGAUAUCUCUGAUGAAGAGCGCCAUCACAUGAUUAAAGAAUUCACCCGCAGUGACACAUUUGAUACGUCAGACCUUUCCCCCGAUACGGGCAAGUACCCAUCUCUUAUUGCUCUCAAACGGUUUACUGCCGAAGGCAAGGUGCUCAUUAGCCCAACUAGUUUGGAUUCUGGGGUGUCAUGUGACAUGACGACGGGUCGACUGCUACUGGAAGGUUGCAGAGAGACGGACCUGUGUUCAGAUGAAGAUUUAUCAGUAUAAACAUGGCAGCCAUAGACAAUGUAUUUUCACCAGUAUCUAUCAAUGCAGUCAUAUAAUAGUUUAUGCUGUAUUAAUAGUUUUAUCAAGAGCAUUUAAGUAGUACUGAAAUUCAUUCUGACUUGCACUGGUACAUAUCUCAACUUAUGUUUCAUAUGAUACACUUGUAAUUUACAUUUUGUAAGUCUGACUGUAUUUAUUGAUAAAUUGAAGCAUAUAUUUGGGUAAUCUGAUAUUUGAUGAAAGAAGACAAUAUUUAUUCAAAAGGCAGCUGAUGGUUGGAGUGAAAACUAUAUAUAAAUAUAUUUUUUCACCGGAAUGUGCAAUAUGAGCUUGUAUUCCACCAUGAAUAAUGUUUUUUUUUAUUAAUGUUAUUCAUACAUUGGCUAUUCCAAACAUCUUAGUAUUCUAGAAGUGUACAAAAUUACAGGCUUAAACUGUCAUGUUAGAAAGCAAAAUAAUUGUGAGUUUUGCCUCAUCAGUAUGUAAAAGGAAAGCAUAUUUUAGAAACAUACAUGUAGGUGUAAAAAAUUUGUAUAUUGUAUUAUACGUCUUCUUUAAUGAUUGGAAAACGGUUACCGGUAUUAGGUUAUGAUUUUAAUAAAGGCCAUAUAUUUCUUUGCUGACCAUUGUAAUCAUACUUUGUGAUCUCUUUUGUUACAAUUUAAAUUUCAUAACAUUAUUUUAUACUACUAGAUGUGGACAUGGAAUAUGUGUUUGAUUUAAAAAAUAAUUAAGGUAGAAAGUUAGCCAUUACAAAUGUCAGCAGAAUAGUUUUGGAAAGAAGACGGCCCACACCAAUCAAAUAUGACACUAUAUUAAAGAAGAUCGUUUUUAAAGGAAUUGAGCAGGAAAUAAUGUCAGUUAUCAUUUGCCCAUCUACUCUGUUAUGAUAUUCAUAAUGUCGUAUUAUUGAAGGAACACGGAGUAAGCUUUGCUGUCGAUUAUUCAAAAUGAUUUUUUUUAAAUAUUUAUUAAAGAGGAAUAUUAAAUGUGUUAGCUGAAAACAUUGCAUAUUUUAAGCAGUACUAUAUCUUCCAAUCAAGUUCCAAGUGUUUUUUCAACCUCAUAAAUUACAUUCCUUAAUGGUUUAAUAUUGACAAGUUUUGACAAAAUCCAAAUAUUUGUACAAUAUUAAUCAAACUAUCUCAAUAUGUUACAAUGUGCAAAUUAUAUUUCCAUCUGUAAAAAAUGCCAUUUGCAAAAUUCAUUUUUGUGCAAUAUUCACUUUCUUGCCAUUUGUGAUUUGAUUAUUAUGUCUAUUUAUGUUGUAUAAAUAAUUUCAUGGAAGAAAGAAGCUGAUUGUAUAUAUUCUUUGUAUAUUUCUAGAAUAUAUAUCUGGAGGAGAUAUAAUGAGAAUUAUAUAUAUUUGAUUCCUUUCAAACAAUAAUUAAAGGAAAGGGUAAAAAAAUAAUAAGAUUUGUAAAUAGGGGGAAAUACAGAGCUACAAACAAAUGUGAAAAGGAAGAAGUAAAUUUGUUUUUCUUUUCUAUACAUGCGUUUUUUUACAAAGACUUUCUCAAUGCUAAAAGCAGAAGUAGGCUCAAAAGAAGAUAAUCUGAAAUUAGUCAAAUUUUUAGUUGUAGAGAGGCAUAUUAUGUUGUUGUUUUUAAUUAGAAAAUGUACAUCUGAUACAAAAGAUCUAAAGAGUUUGUGUGUAUAUAUCCAGAUUGAUUUGCAAUGAAAACUAGAGUUUAUUUUUGUAGUAUUUAUCUUAAGUUUUUAUAGUUAUUGAUGUAUGUAGUAUCCUUGUUAAUUUCUUCCACGAUUUGUGAAUUGAUGUAUACAAUAUGACUAAAUGUUUCAUCCAUGUAUAGUUUUAGGUAAAUAUUUUUCAUUCCUCUCUGUUUAAUUGUGAUUUUAAUACCAUGAUAAACAGUUGUUGUGAUAGAAUAGGUUUUUAUGUAUUUCCAUAUUUGGAUUGGUAUUUUGUAUAUUUGCUUACUAGUGCAACAUUCUAAAUAUUUAUAAUUGCAAUGGACUUCCUGAUUCAAGCUUAAACCUAAAAGCACUCAGUUUACAUCAUUCAGUAAAAUUUCUGAUUUUGCAUAUGAGUACAUGAGUAAUAUUAUAUGUAUGAGCACAAUAGCAUAUAUGUGUCCUGGAAGUAAAAUUAGGAAACUAAAGUGGAUUUAAAUAUUAAUGUACUAGAUGAAGCCAUGAAGUGACACCCAUAUGGGGGAGCACUGAUGUUAAUUUAUUAGUAUUAAAGUAAAGACCAGUUAUGGUCAUGCGAUUGCAUUGUGAAA